AUGUUAAUAUUUGAGCCGUUUUUAUUUGAAAUUUCCAUUUACACGGCGCUCCCCAUCCACCCCCCGGCUCCCCCCGGAACCUCAUACAUAUUCAUCGGAUGCACCCUCACUUUCUCUGCACCAGUUCAUAUUGCUGUGCUCCGAAUCAAAGGGAAUUUGAUUUAUGCCAUUGAUGAUGAUUCUGACUGCUUCUUCGCUAACGACUGGUUCGAGUGUUUACGAGUGACACUUGUCGUGCCACAGAUACGCUGCGAAAAUAAAGCUCCGUGUUUCUCUCUUCUUAGUGUCGUAGCGAGAGCUCUGUAA